AACCUAAGCAAGGAAUUUUGAAACGGAAGCAAACGCGUGUGUGCGAAAGACAAAAGUGGUACUCAUCGGAAGAACGUGCUAGUCGGCUGCAGUGAGGACUGAUUUCCGUUCGGAUGCCAUGGCGAAGCUUCACAUUCGAGUCUGGCACCUACUGCUCGUGGGCCUCCUGUUCACUCCUUGUCUGCACAUCACAGGUCCCCUGGUGGUGAGUGCCCAAGGUGAAGAUGACGAGGUGAUGGGUGAGGGAGAGAGUGUGACAAUGGGAGGAGGGGGAGAGGAGGAAGAGGAAGAUGAUAUGGAGGUGGAAGAUGAAGAAGAAGAUGAUGAACCAGUCAAAGCUCCUGAUGUUGGCGACACUGCAGUCAGUGAUGAGGAAGAUGAUGAAGGGGCAGUGGAAGAAGAGGAGGAAGAGGAGGAGGAAGAAGAGUUUGCCCCCCAUCCUGAUUGCCAAUCAACCAUCCUCUUCACCAACCGACACACUGAAGAGUUUGUGGCAGGAGAGGUGGUGGAAGCAGUGAUAGGACUCACCAAUACCAACAAGGAGAAAGAGUUUAUUGUCACACUCAUCGAGGGCUCCUUCAGAUAUCCGCAGGAUUUCAGCUACUUCAUACAGAAUGUGAGUUGUUUCAGGAUCUGGGCACAACGAUUUGUGAGGUUUUCCCACGAAAUUUGUUAUCUUAUACCCAGUGUGAUUCUUUGUGUGUAUGUGUAUGUGUUUUGUGUGUGUCUGUGCAAAUGUCUGGCUCUCUGAUGAUUAAAACUCUGGGAAAGGAUGGGGCGGUGGCUGGAGGCAGACGCCCUCUGUCUCUGGGAGUCAGCCAAAGGCCGCCGUCUCCGUGUGACGCCACUGAUGCCUUAUUAUGAAGAGAGCUAAAUGAAGCAUGAGUGUAUCUCACUGAGUGUUAUAUAUUCCCAGUCCUGUAGCUCAGUUGGCAAAAAGAAAUGCCCUUUUUGUGGUGUAAGAACACUUAAGAUGUCUGCUAUUACUAAUAACACUGUGCAUUGUGUGUCUAUCCUUUAGCCCUAGAUAUUGUUGUUUUAUUCCACGUAGUUCUCUGUGAUCUACUAUGAGACGUACAUCAUGCCAGAGACACAGGCAUCGUUUGUGUACAGCUUCCGACCCAGUGAAUCAUUCUACGCUCGUCCCUUUGGUCUGACCAUCAAUGUCUACUAUAAAGACGCCGAAGAUAAUGACUAUCGCGAUGCCGUGUUCAACAACACAGUCAAUAUAAUUGAGUUGGAGGAGAGCUUUGACGCUGAGACCUUCUUCAUGUACGUCUUCAUGGUGUCUGGAAUACUUCUCCUGGUGUUCAUUAUCCACUACGUCUACACUACCGUCAGAAGGGUAGGUAUUGGAGCUCAAGUCUGCUAUAAUUAUCAUGCCUGCGUGAUUGUGGAACUUUCUAUUUACAGGGGGAAACUUGCAUGAAUUAAAUGAGGCAUUAGUUUUUGUGCAACAAAGUGUGUACCUAUGUAGCAGAGGAUUUAUUUGACUAUCCACCCACCCACACACACACACAGGGAGGACGAUCG